AUGGCGUUGACAAGCACUCUAUUCCUCUUAGCCAUCGUAUUCUUCGCAUAUUCCCGCCUCACUCGUCCCCACUUCCCCCCAGGUCCAAGUCCUCUCCCAAUUAUAGGAAAUAUCCUCGACAUCACUUUAAAAGAACUUUGGCUCACCGCAUUCAAAUGGGCACGCACAUACGGACCCGUAACACACAUCCGCAUAUUCAACCAAUCCCUCGUAUUCCUCAACACCCCAAAAGCAGUAUUCGACCUUUUAGAUAAACGCGGGUCAAUCUAUAGCGAUAAACCGCACCUCAUCAUGGCUGGUGAGCUCUGUGGCUGCAAGAACAUGGCAGCCUUCACUCCUUAUGGCGACCGUGCGAGGAGACAGAGGAAGCUUAUGCAAAAAGCUUUUGGGCCUGCUGUAAUUCCCAGGUAUCACGGCUUGAUGGAGAUGGAGAGCAGACCUUUUUUGUCUAGGUUGGUUAGUAGUCCCCUUCAGUUUCAAGAGCACAUCAGAAGAUACGCAGGCGGACUCACCCUCCUCGUCGUAUACGGCCACCAAGUAAAAUCAAACGACGACCCCUUCCUAAGCCUCGCAGAAGAAUGCGUGGACAUCCUCGCGAACCACAUCGCAAGCGGAGGUGGGAUAUGGCCCGUUGAUAUCUUUCCAGCCCUCAAACACCUCCCUAUGUGGUUCCCCGGCGCAUCCUUCAAGCGUAACGCCCAAAUAUGGAAAGCAAAAAUGGAAGAAUUCGUAGACCGUCCAUACGAAUUCGUGAAAAACGAAAUCAGAAAAGGAACCGCCAAUCCCUCUUUCGUAUCCACCCUCCUCGAACCUCCCAAACUCUCUUCUUCCUUGGAUGCAUUCUUCGAGUCCACCAUCCCCACCGAUGACGAGACAUGCCCAAGCGACUGCGACUCUUCCUUUUCAUCCGACAAUACAAACGCAGCCAAAGACACCAUUACAUACGACCACGAUCAUGAGAUCCGAUGGACAGCUAAUUCCAUGUAUUCGGCCAGCAUCGAUACAACUAUCACAACUCUCUCCCAUUUCAUCCUCGCUAUGGUUCAGCACCCCCAUGUACUCCGACGCGCCCAAGCAGAGCUCGAUGAAGUCCUUGGAUCGAGGGGAGAUGGUGCGAGAUCGAGCCAAUCAGUAGCAAAAAGGUUACCAACAUUCGAAGAUCGCGCAAAACUUCCGUACUGCGAUGCGGUCUUCACGGAGACGCUUAGAUGGGGUGUGCCUGUCCCGCUUAGCCUCCCACACAGACUAACACAAACCGACACCUACGAAGGCAUGCACAUCCCACAAGGAUCUCUCGUAUUCGGGAAUAUAUGGGCCAUCAUGCGUGAUCCUGCGUUGUAUCAAGAUCCGGAGGUGUUUGAGCCUGAGAGGUGGUUGGCGGAUGGGGAGGAGGCUGGGAAGGAAAGAGAUCCGAGAGCGUUUGUUUUUGGAUUUGGAAGGCGCCGCUGCCCAGGAACCCAUCUCGUCGAGUCUUCGAUAUGGCUCUUAAUAACCAGCAUGCUCGCCACGCUCGAUAUACGCAAAGCGAGGGAUGAGAGGGGAGUGGAGAUCGAGCCUGUUGUCAAGUUUGAAAAUGCUGUUUUCAGAAUCCCAAGCCCGUUCGUGUGCGAUAUACGUCCUAGGAGCGAAGAGGCGCUGAGGUUGAUUAUGGAGGAGUAG